AUGUCCCAAUCAUCCGGAUCCGGCGGAAAGGGGUACGACGUGACCAGCUCCGGCACCAACAGCCAGGGCAACCGCUACGACAGCCGAGACUACACCCCAUCCACCGGAGGCAGUCAAGCCAACGAUAACACCUAUCAUUACUCCAACAACGACGGAAGCUACUAUUACAGCAACUCGAACGGAUCCACUUACCACAACGACGGCAAUGGCGGGUCGAAAUAUACCGCUCCUGGAGGGAAGAAGUGA